AUGGCCGCGGUUUUUGUGCCCCCUUCGCCCCAGCCAGCUCUUAAUAUGACCACUCGCCGACCACUCGCCAACGUGCCUAAUGCAACGAACUCCCCUCACCGGGCGGGGCUUGUUCCUGGUAGUAAACGCUCGAGGACGACAACCGCUCAGCUUGACAUCCCCUUUGGCCAGCCACCACCCAAGAAGCAGGUGGUUGAGGCUUUAGGACAUGAUGGACGGUCCCCUAAUCGACCCCGAGCUACCGUCCAUGGCGGGACGGACUCGAAGUUAUUCACUCGCCGCUCGAACAAUUCACAGCCCAGUGCUUUCGAGAAGAAGUUGGUGGCAGCCCGGGACAAGGAGCGGCAAUUGCAGCAGAGAAGUGGCCGACAUGAAAAAGUGACCACGGAGACUAUGGACAAUAUCCGCCAGUGGCAGAAGCAUUAUCGAAAAGCCUUUCCACAAUUCGUGUUUUACUUUGACAGUAUCCCGGAGGAAGUCCGUAACAGGUGUUCGCGCCAGGUAAUUGCUCUGGGAGCUCGCGAGGAGAAAUUUUUCUCUCGACUAGUCACCCAUGUCGUCACCUCGCGUCCUAUCCCCCCUGAACGAGACUAUCAGAAUCCCGCAGAGCCCAUCACGGUCACUACGAUUGAUCAGCACUCCGCUCAUGGCACCGUUCAAACCGUCAACCCUUCACUUCUCGAGAGGAACGAUCAACGACGAGACCAGGGCAAUAUGGAUGUUCUACACAGGGCUCGACAGAUGCAAAUGAAAAUUUGGGCACUGGAGAAACUGCAACGCAUGCUCGUCACCAUCAACGAUGGGGAUGUCGGUGGCCAGCACGGCCAUUUCGCUCGCAAUUAUCACGCAGCCGGGGGUAACGGCAGAGGAAGAGGGGAAGCAGAUCUUUCGCAAGUACUUCGUAAUGAGUUGUUGAAUGGGCCGUCCGAUCGCGAUCCUCUUUCCUCUAUCAAAGAGGUCAUCAUGUUCAAAGGUCCCUUCAUCUAUGUCCACGAUAUGGACGAGAAAACUCGGCCGGUCAUGGCUCGAGAAUACCCCAAGGUUUCACGGCGCCAAGAUGGCAUCUGGCCUCAAUUUCGAAGCGCACCAUUGGGAAAGUGUCCUUUCAUCGAUGAGCCGCCAACGAAGAAGGAAUUGGAGCGGCAGAAGCCCCGGCACCAGGAGAAGGAGAAGAAAGUUGCACCCAAAACGCGUCAGGAGCACACAAAGCAGCCCAAGGUUAUGGAAACCCUUGAACGCCAAACUGACAAGCCUGUGCAUGCCCAGCCUCAGCCGUACACAAAAUCCCAAGAUAUACAGGAGCAGGUACAUGUCUCCAAGGAACCUGAGGUUCAGAAAGUGCCGAUCAAGCAACCAAAUUCUCCCAGAAAGAGCUCUGAGAGUUUCAUUCCACCGCCUAUGCCCCGUACUGGGUCUUUUUACACUGGACGUGAGCCUGCCGCAUCUGGAAUGCAACCCUCGAAUAUCACUUCCGCCAUCCGUUCCCAGAUGAUAUCCUCCACUGCUGCUGCACCGGGGGCAAAGGCUGGUAUAAGCAAAGAGGUGCAUGAGCUUAAGAGAAAAGUGCUCGAGAAGAGCAACGGAGUCUUUUCCGCUGGACAAGUUCCCACUACAGAUGCGUCGACUCUCCGAAUUUCUAAAAGCCAAGGCAAUAGACUAGGGAAAGUUCAUCCUCACGAAAAGCCCGCCCACGCUCACCCUGAAGAAGACACGACGCAAUCUGAGGGCAAUGGGAAACAGCGGGUGUCUUUGAAGAAGGACGGCGCGCAAAAGAAGAAAGAAGAGAGAAGACGAGAUCCAAAGCCAGGCUAUUGCGAGAAUUGCCGUGAUAAGUUCGACGAUUUUGAAGAGCACGUCAUGACGCGAAAGCAUCGCAAAUUCGCGACUACAGCGUCGAACUGGCAGGAGCUAGAUGCCCUUCUCGCUCAGAUUCAACGGCCAUUAAAGGAGGAGUAUGGAGAUCUCUAG